UUUGUUGUUAUUGUGACUAUUGAUUGCAUGAUGCAGUAUUUUUAGUUCAAUUACACCGAUUUUUUGGGGCUUCCACCUCGAUAGCGACUGGAUUUUCGUAAAAUGAAAGCUUAAUGAAAUGCGGAAGUGAGACCAGAAGUAAUUCGGAGAUUGGAGGCGGCAUCGUAUGACGUCACUUCUGCUUUCAGCCAAUCAUAUCCCAUUAUGUAGAUGAUUUCAGGGUGGAGGCCGUCACCCUGCCUAGCGCCUCUACUAACCUCGGACUCGGCGUGACGGCGGCAACCGGUCGCGGAGCCGCCCCCCCUCGCCCCCUCGCUGCCCGUCGCCCCCCUCGACGCCGCCGCCGCCGCCAGGGAAGAGCCCCGCUGCCGCCGCCGCCGCCCCUACCUCGACGACCGCUCACUGCCAGGACCGCCAUCGUCCAGCCCGACCCGAGACCAGGACCGAAAUCACACCGGGACAGCCGUCGCCCGCCCCUACACACAUGCCGCCGCUGCACUCCUCGCGCCUCGCCAAUCCUUAGGUCUUGUUUGCCGCCAUCGUGCCGCCCUCGCGUGCUCCCGGCAUGGCCCAGCUGGAAAUACCGUCCAUAGUGGUUCACAACGGAUCAAGCAGCACGCCGGGCAGCCCCAGCAUGGAGCGCCCCUCCAGAUCACUGCGCCAGCACCGUACCCUCUCAAAGCAGAUUUCCCUCCUGGACGACGACUGCGAUGAAGGCUUGGACGACAGCAGGGACUUGCUGCCUGAGAGUCCAACCUCGCACGGUGCCAACCACACCCUCUCGGCCAACACUGCUGGUCUUGAUGAAGUGUCUCCGCCGCUACCUACAACCAACUUCACUCAUCACCACAGUGGCUUGCCCCAUGGCCCUGGACCAGGAGGAGGAGGAGUUCUUGGUAAUUCUGGCCAAACACGCUCCAAAUCUCUGGAAUUAAAUCAGCAACGCUCAACCGAAUCUGAUAAAGACGCGCCUCUAGUCACGUCUGCAAGACACAGGUUCCAAGAGGUUGAAGAAUUUCUAAGAAUUGUGAGUGGAAGAGGUGAAAUAUAA